AGCUGUGUUAGUUGCGGGCGCUGGCGUACCGUAUUGUCAAUCUGGAUAUCUCCGCGAAACUGAGGUCGGUCGGGAGAACAAGGGAGCUUAAGGAACCAUGCCCCUGACGACGCCGAGAAGAUGGGUUGAGCCCGUGAUGCGAAUGCAGGCAGGGAUCAGGGCACAGCAUGGAAAAACCAGGUGUGGAGCGCGGACGCGCAAAGGUAGCCCGGCGCCCGCAGGAGAAGUCGGAGAGACUAUGAGACUGCGAGACUGUGAGCGACGCGAGCCCAAGCAGCAGAGCAGCCGAGCAGAUGCGAAUCCGAACGAGAACGAGAACGCUCUCCCCCUUCUUAUCAUUUACAGUACAGUAACCUCCGUAUGCCUCGUCUGCAACGUGCCAACGUUCGCGUCACGUUUGGGCUGCAGCACAAAUUACCAGUCACAAGUUCACAAGUUCUCCCCUACCACCCCCCCCCCCCCCCCCCCCCCCCCCCCCCCCCCCCCCCCCCCCCCCCCCUCCCCAAAAAAACAUCUCGACAUAUUUACUGGAUCGGGGCUGACCAGACCUCGCAACUGAAUGCUGUACAGUACACUGGACCGCGGGCUCUACUUUUGACCGUGCUUUGCGAAUAGGGGUGCCUCUGGGCCGCAGCCGUUACGAGG